AUGGCUGGACCUGUGUAUUUAAAAGGAGAAGGAAAGGCUUGGAUUUGCCUAUAUACGUGUGCUGUGUAUAGAGCUGUGCAUUUUGAACUCAGUUCCUCACUGUCUACAGAGGCUUUUCUCCAGAGUUUCCGUCGGUUUAUAGCCCGCAGAGGUCGUCCUUCUGUAGUUUAUUGUGACAACGGAAGCAACUUUGUUGGAGCAUCAAAUUGUUUGAAACUCGUUGAUUGGAAUGUCGUUGCUCAAUACACCACCACUAAGAAAAUUCAAUGGUUUUUCAAUCCCCCAACUGCCUCUUCGUGGAGCGGUUUUUGGAAGCGAUUAGUUGGCUUGAUGAAACAAAUUCUUAGAAGAGUUUUAGGGAAAUCUCUGCUGUCUUUUGAAGAAAUGACAACGGUAUUGUGUGAUGCUGAAUUUGUUAUUAACUCUCGUCCACUUACCUAUGUUUCAGAAAAGGAGUCUGAACUUGUUCCUUUAUCUCCUAACUCAUUUUUGCAAGAUUUCCGAAAGUCAGGCGUUCCUGAUUUGGAUGAGAUUGAUCAGCAUUCCCUCAACAAGAGAUUAAAAUAUCGUCAACAUCUAAUCACGGAUAUACGAAAAAGAUUCAGAUCUGAAUACCUAGGACUUUCGAUUCAAAGACAUGAUCCGAAGAAGCAUGAGCAAAAUAUCAAACUUGGAGACGUAGUUCUUGUUAGAAGUGAUAAUGUUAAAUGUGCUGAGUGGCCAUUAGCCGUUGUUACAGAAUUGCUACCUGGAAGAGACAAUGUCAUUAGAUUGGUACGAUUGAAAACCACAAAUAGGAAACUUUUACGUCCUGUACAAAGAAUUUUUCCUUUAGAACUUUCAUGUAAUUGGUUCGAAGAUCUAAAAAACGAAAGAUUUGAACAAGCUAGGGUUGAAGGGUAUUCAGUGGAAAACAGCCAAAAAGAUAUUAAAUCUAUAAAAACCAGGAGUAGAAGAGAAGUGAAGCCUAUCCAAAGACUACACUUAUAG